AUGCAGCGAUAUUUAAACGCGACGCUGUUUCAAUUUCGGAAAAACUAUACGCCAUUGACAAUCAAAAAAACGCUAAUUUUCGCGAAUUUAUUUUACUUUACAGACGCCAUAGAAUGGCUAAAGGCAUACCGCGGGGAAAUCGAUGUCCUCAGAGAAAGAGAAGGAAAACUAAAAUACGAUUUAGCAGUUUUUGGUAUCAGUCAGCCGGACUCAUUUGAACUUGCGAAGCUAGAAAAAGACCUCGCUGCCAUUGAAUUAAUUUGGCAACUCACAGACGAGUGGAACAGUGCUUGGGAACGUUACAAAAAUGGAAAUUUCUGGACAAUUGAAAUGGACGAAAUGGAUGCCACGGCAAACGUGCUUUUCCGUAAAUUUACUCGAUUGUCAAGAGAACUGAAAGAAAAAAAUUGGGAAAUUAUCGAGACUUCCAGAUCUCGAGUGGACAAAUUUCGACGUACUUUACCUCUGAUAACAGAUUUGAAAAAUCCAGCAAUGAGAGAGCGGCACUGGAAAAGUGUUAGAGAAAUAGUUGGAAGAGAUUUUGACCAAAACUCACCAGAUUUCACAUUAGAUCUUAUCGCCGAGCUCCAAUUACAAAUGUUCGCAGAUCAAAUCAGCGACUUAUCAAACGCAGCGACUAUGGAACUCAAUAUAGAAAUGGGUUUGAAGAUUAUCAAUGAAGUUUGGAAAAAAAUGACUCUUGAAAUGGUUCCUUAUAAAGACAAAGGUAUUUUCCGACUGAAAACGGUCGACGAUAUUACUCAAGCGCUAGAGGAUCAUCAGAUUCAGUUAUCAGCGAUGAAAUCUACGAGGUCAGAAUUCGAAAUGGUGGAUCACGAAUCUAAACUUAAAUACAAAAACUUCAAAUCUGACUGA